GAGACGACCACGGCGAUGUCGCCGCCGCCAAGUCAACUGCCGUGGACGUCGUACCGGCUCCAGGUGCCGUACAGGCACGUCUUGUCAAGGAUGUGGCUGUCGUACUGCGGCCGGAGCAUAAGCUUGUGAAGUUACCGACGGGUGCACAGGGGCCAUGUCAGCAGGCUGGUGACUCCGAAAGAGGUGUGGCGCCAACGUCGGCGUCGACAUUCUUCACGGAUGGGGGCGCAGCGGCUGAGCCUGAGGUAGCUGGAGCAGCAGCAGCAGCAGCGGCACCCUCCGCGGCGGCGGCGGCAGCGGAAGCGGCGAGGACGGGAUCGCAGCAACGCAAGGAGGACGAGGAAGUUCCCGACCCAUGGGUCCAGCGUACCGAGCUCCUGCGGCUGCUGCUGGGAGCGUGUCUGGAUGGGAGACCCGGCUGCAUGGCCGCUAUCGGCGGCGCAGCGCUGCAACUGGCGGUGGGCAGUACCGCCGCCACCGUACAGAUGCUCGGGAGCCACCAGGACUUUCUAGCGGCGUUUCCGCCGGACUGCCGCCGUCUCCUUGAGACUCACUUGGGCACGGCUGCUGCCGACGGCGGCGAUGCGGACGGCAGCGCAGACGGCGGCGACGGCGGCGGCAGUAGCAGUAGUAGCAGUAGCAAUAGUCGCGACCUGACCGAUGGGCGCAUCCGCAACGCAUUGGUGCUUCGCGUGGACGAGGCAACCUGCACCGAGACAUCGCAAACGGCAGCGGAAGCGGCAGCGGCGACGGUGACGACGGCGGGUGUUUGUGGGUUGCAGGGGCGGCCCGCCUUCCGGCUGUCCGUGCUGCCGGGCAAUCGACAACUGGACCACAUUCUGGAGGGAUCCAAAUACUUUUGGCUAGAGAAGACUGGGUAUGGUGGAAACCUCGCCGGAAG